CAAUGGGAAUGUUUUCACCUAGCCAGUGGUUUUCAAAACGGAUCCCGUUUCACUUCGACAUGGGAGUCUAGGGAUUUAAUCGUCUAAAAACAAUUUCGAACAGAUGCUCUCGAUGAAAGACGAGGACGAAAGGAUGGACGAGAACCUGAGCAGGGGCUACAUCCAGCUCGGAAAGAGGGGCGGUAACGACCUCAGAUUCAACAACGGUUUCAACCACCUUUCACCACCGGUCGACAAAUACGAUUUCAUCUACUUAUCCCUCGUAUUGGCCGGAGUUGGAUUCCUAUUACCUUACAACAGUUUCAUAAUUGCUGUUGACUAUUUUCAAAUGCAAUACCCAGGGACGACGAUUGUUUUUGACAUGUCUCUCGUAUAUAUUGGAAUGGCUUUUUUCGCUGUGCUCGCCAACAACCUCCUUGUCGAAGCAUUGUCGCUCAACACGAGGAUCACAUUCGGUUACAUCGUAUCGUUUUUCACGUUGAUGUUCGUCGCUAUAUUUGAAAUCUGCCUGGGCAACAUCGCCCAGUCGAAAUCCUACACGGCGAACCUCAUAGCCGUCGCUGUUGUUUCUGUCGGUUGUACAGUCCAACAGAGCAGUUUUUACGGAUAUACGAGCAUGCUGCCAAGCCGGUACACUCAAGCAGUCAUGGCAGGAGAGAGUGCAGCAGGUCUCAUGGUGUCGAUGAACCGUAUGAUUACAAAGAUGAUUUUUGAAAACCAAAGGAGCAACACGCUCAUGUUCUUUCUCAUGAGCAUGUUUAUAGUCGGAUUAUGUUAUGCAAUCCACCACGUUAUAAGGCAAACUGACUUUGUCCAGUUCUAUCUAACAUUGUGCAAAGAGGCGAAAAAGAUCACUCUCGAGCCUACAGAAGAUGCAGGACUUAUGGAUUUAGGCGAUCCAGCAGAAGGAAAGGGUUCCCAGUACGGGGUGCUUAAACUUCAGACUCAAAGCCCACUGGACACAUCGACACAGGGGCAUUUCAGCUUUGCGAACCCGGUCUACGAGCCGACCGCUCCGCAGGGUACGACAACUUACAAAGUGGAAGACGUUGUCGUAAGUAUGAGUGGUGAUACAGCGGCGACAUACAGAAGGCCGAGUUCCAGAAUUUCAUGGUCUUCAAUCAGAAGAGCUGGUAAGAUGAGGGUGGAAGUAAUCCGUAACAUCUGGCCAUCGAUGACAGCCAUUUUUGUUACUUACCUGGUCACGCUGAGCCUCUACCCUGGGAUCGAGUCAGAAAUAAUCUCCUGUAAGUUUGCUUCUUGGAUGCCCGUCAUUUUAAUGGCCGUAUUCAAUGCGUCGGACCUCAUUGGAAAGAUGUCUGCCUCGCUCUUGUAUGACGUAUCAAGAUUCAGACUCGUCGUCUUGAGCGUCUUAAGAGUAGUACUCAUACCCGCUUUGCUGCUCUGUGCUUGGCCGAGAAUAAAGCCGUUCUUUCUGGCAGAAGGCUACUCGAUAUUCUUCAGUAUCAUACUCGGUCUGAGCAACGGUAUCCUCGGGAGUGUCCCAAUGAUACAAGCACCUAGCAGAGUCAGCGAACAACAUAGAGAAUUAGCAGGGAAUAUAAUGACACUGUCCUACAAUUUCGGACUGACGAGCGGUUCGAUAAUUGCCUACGCUUUUGAAGCGAUGCUAGGCCCACCGCUGUUCAAUCCGUGUGGAGCUGAGCAAAACUUAAGCCACCUCGGAUAUAACGAAUCUGUAUAUCCAAGGCUGAACAACUCAAGGUUCAACUACUCCCUCUUGGAUGUUUCGACUCCGGAUUUGCUUGGGACUCAGACUCCUAUGACCUUCACGACUUACCCAACAACGGGAUAUUCACUAUUAAACUUGGCAGUGUCGAGUUCGCCGACAAACCUUACCUUAGCUUAAAAUCUUCCAUUAUUUAAACAAAAAAAUGUAAAUACCAUAUAAAUACUUGAUCUUCGUUUCUGUCUUUUGGUCAUUUUGUUCUUUUGUAAAAUAUUGUACAUACAUGUUUUCUAUAAUGACCUUAGGACAAACGCAAAAUCUGAGUGAAGCUCAUACUCCCAUUCUUAGAUAAAUGAAAAUAAGGUAGGUGAGAUUAAACAAAAUCCAAGCAAAAAAGAUGUUUUUGUUCUUU